ACGGUAGUGGUACUGAUGAUGAGGCUGGGCCAGUCAGGAGAUGUGUGAUGCUGGAUGUUUUUCUUCUUUCGCUGAUGCCAUUCAUCGGCGAAAUCUGUCGUACAUAUCAGGGAUCUAUAAGCAUUUAAAGCGACAAUUCGAAACUAAAGUGCCUUCCCCUUUUCGCGAUCAACAUAUUGUAAGGUUGUUAACCACCUGGGAUUCCCGGUGGAUGAAUUAAUCGCAACAGCAAAACCAUCCGCGUACAAAGGCGAAAGUGUUACAAUGGGGAUUGUUUUUUCGAAGGACUGAUAAGAUAGGCUGUAUCGUAUACGAAGCAAGACCCGGUGAGUUAUGGAGACCAUAUGGCUUUACCAAUUCCGCCUGAUCGUGAUCGGAGACUCCACCGUGGGCAAGUCGUGUCUGAUCCGGAGGUUCACCGAGGGUCGCUUCGCGCAGGUGUCCGACCCCACCGUGGGGGUAGACUUCUUCUCCCGCCUGGUGGAGAUCGAGCCUGGGAAGAGAAUCAAGCUGCAGAUCUGGGACACCGCCGGGCAGGAGAGGUUUAGGUCCAUCACCAGCCUACUACGUAAUACGGUGGGCGGGCUGCUGCUCUUCGACAUCACCAACCGCCUCUUCCAGAACAUCCACGACUGGCUGGAGGAGGCCAAGAGCCACGUCCAGCCGCACAACAUCGUCUUCCUGCUUGUGGGUCACAAGUGCGACCUGGAGGCCCAGCGCCAGGUGACCCGGCAGGAGGCGGAGAAGCUGGCCGGCGUCUACGGGAUGCACUACGUGGAGACGUCAGCGCGGGACGCCAUCAACGUGGAGAAGGCGUUCGUGGACCUGACGCGGGACAUCUUUGAGCUGGUGGGCCGGGGGGACAUCCAGAUCCAGGAAGGCUGGGAGGGUGUGAAGAGCGGCCUGGUGCCCAACACGGUGCACUCCUCCGAGGAGGUCACCAAGGGAGACCGCCGCUGCCUCUGCUGAUCGGGCCCCUGAUCGCCGCCUCCUCCCCCCCCCCCCCCCCCCCCCCCC